AUGGAGCCCCCCUUGAGCAAGAGGAGCCCGGCCCUGAGGUUGGCGGAUUUGGCAGCGGCUCAGCCCCACCCGCACCAGCACAUGACAGGCUUCCCGGGGCUGGGGACCCACCACGGCCACCCCCACCACGCGGCCCACCUCCACCCGGGGGACGCGGGCGGCGACCCCGGCGGCGCCCUCCCUCCGCUGGGCCCCGAGCACAUGGCGCAGCCCGCCGCCGCCCUCAAGCUCGCCCCCGAGGCGCUCACCGCCGCCGCCGCCGCCGCCGCCGCCGCUUUCUCCGCGCCCUCCCUGCGCCUGGGGCUGGCGGCCGGCGAGCUGUACGGCCGCGCCGAGGCGCACUACGGGGCCGCCGCCGCCGCCUCGGCGCUGCAGGGCUACGGCCCCGUCGGGCUGGGGCUGGCGGCGGCGGGCCACGGGCAGCCGCCCCCUCCCCACGGCCCCCACGGGCAGCCGCACGUCGGGGCGGCGGCCGGAGCCUUCCUGCGCUACAUGCGGCAGCCCAUCAAGCAGGAGCUGAUCUGCAAGUGGAUCGAGCGGGAGGUGCCGGCGGGGGGCAGGAAGCCCUGCUCCAAAACUUUCGGCACCAUGCAGGAGCUGGUGAGCCAUGUCACCGUGGAGCAUGUCGGCGGGCCCGAGCAGAGCAGCCACGUGUGCUACUGGGAGGAGUGUCCCCGCGAAGGCAAGCCCUUCAAAGCGAAAUACAAACUCAUCAACCACAUCCGAGUGCACACGGGAGAGAAGCCCUUCCCCUGCCCCUUCCCCGGCUGCGGAAAGGUCUUCGCCCGCUCCGAAAACCUCAAGAUCCACAAGCGGACUCACACAGGGGAGAAGCCCUUCAAGUGCGAGUUCGACGGCUGCGACAGGAAGUUCGCCAACAGCAGCGACCGAAAGAAGCACUCCCACGUCCACACCAGCGACAAGCCCUACUACUGCAAGAUCCGGGGCUGCGAUAAGUCCUACACCCACCCCAGCUCCCUGCGCAAGCACAUGAAGAUCCACUGCAAGUCCCCGCCGCCCUCCCCGCCGCCCCCGGGCUGCUACGCGGCCGCCGGGCCCCCCGACGGGCCGCUGCCCCCCGAGGCCGACCCCGCGGCAGAGCCGCCCCGCGUCCCCUUGUCCCCGCCGGUCACCAACCUCAGCGAGUGGUACGUCUGCCAGGCCGGCGGGGCCCCCCGACGGCCGCGCACCCCCUCCAGCCGCGCCGCCUCCCCGGCCUCCGAGGGGGACGAGCCCCACAGGACCUUGGGGGGCAGAGCCGCCCCCUAGGGCCGGGCCGGGCUGGGGCCGAGCCGAGCCGUGCCGAGCCGUGCCGUCGGUGCCCCGGCCCUGUCCCAGCCGCCUUUGGCACCGCGGGCAGGCGUGGAAGCGCCGUCAGGUUUGACCCGCGCUAUUUAUUCCGUGUACGAAACCCUAUGGUGUUUGUACGGUAACUAAUUUAAUUAAAGACACUCGGACCUUC